UCUUGCCUUUCUUGUCUUCUCACAUUCUUAUUUUCUUUCUUGUCAUUCCAUUCACAUUGUUAAUUAUAUAUGGUUCUUGUUAUCUUGUAUUUCCCAGUUAAUUUGUUGAUUUUGUAUCAUUCAUAAUUUGUUAUCAUUAUUGCAGUUUAUUUACAUAUUGAAUUUCACAAUUGAUAUUGCAAGAGGAUUUUCGUCUCAUCUCUGGCUUGUGGAAGACUAGUGCAUCCACGCACAGCUGGGAUCUUGGACUUGAAUCAGAGAUCUCACCCGUCAAGUAACUCAUCGCACCUACUGUGUAUCUUGAGCUAGAAUCAGUGUUGGUGAGGAAGUACGCUGGUGAAGACGAAGUCGACAAAGAUAUUAAUUCUCUGAUGAAAAGAGGUACGAGGAAGUUGAGGAUGGCAUCGACAAUUGAAGAUGACAUUCAAAAAUCGGCGGUUAGAAGACGUGUUGAGGAAGAGAAGUUUAUGGUUGAAAAUUUAAGGGAAGUUUCAAGGCAGGAGUAUUUGGAGAAAAGGGAGCAAAAAAAAAUAGAUGAACUUAAACAUGAUAUAGAAGACGAGCAAUUUUUGUUUGAGAGACUGGACAAACUGUCCGAAGCAGAAAAACGUGAACAUGUACGCAAGCAAAAAAUUGUUGAACUAGUUAGUAAGAAGAAGUGCGAAGAAGCUGAUGAUUAUAGGAUUCCUGAAAACUAUGAUAAUCUUGAAGGAGGCCGUGUUAAUCAGAAGAAGAGAUUCUCUGUUGCUUCGCAGCGUUACAGGGAGGAACAUGAGAUUCAUCCAGAACAAGCAUGGGAAGAAAACCAAGUCGAGAAAGCAAAACUUAAUUUUGGAUCAAAAGAUAGAAAGCAGACGGAAUAUCAGUUUGUAUUUGGAGACCAGAUUGAAUUCAUAAAGGCAAACGGUAUUGAGUCGUCCAAUGAUGCUAAUGUUGAUGUUGAGAAGCUGCAAACCAGCAGAAAUUCGAAACUUAAGGAGGAUAGGAAGGCCCUACCAAUUUAUCCCUAUAAGGAUGCUUUGCUCCAAGCUGUUCAUGAUUAUCAGGUUAUUAUUAUAGUUGGAGAGACGGGUUCCGGGAAGACAACUCAAAUACCUCAAUAUCUGCAUGAGGCGGGUUAUACUAGAAGCGGUGGGAUGAUCGGUUGUACUCAACCUCGUAGAGUUGCUGCAAUGAGGGUUGCUGCUCGUGUUUCAAAUGAAAUGGGGUCUAAACUUGGUCACGAGGUUGGUUAUUCUAUUCGAUUCGAGGAUUGUACUUGUGAGAAAACUAUUCUCAAAUAUAUGACUGAUGGAAUGUUGCUAAGAGAGUUCCUUACAGAGCCUGAUUUAUCAAGCUAUAGUGUCAUCAUGAUUGAUGAAGCUCAUGAAAGAACGUUGUCAACGGAUGUCCUGUUUGGCUUGAUUAAGGAUGUUGCUCGUGCUCGACCCCAUUUCAAGUUACUUAUAUCUAGCGCCACCCUCGAUGCAGAGAAGUUCAGUGAUUAUUUUGACUGUGCUCCGAUUUUUAAAAUACCUGGAAGGCGGUUUCCAGUUGAGAUACACCAUAUAAAAGAACCAAUCUCAGAUUACUUGGAUGCAGCAGUGACUACUGCCCUUCAGAUCCAUGUAACUCAACCACAGGGUGAUGGUGAUAUAUUAAUUUUUUUGACUGGGCAGGAGGAGAUUGAAACAGCUGAGAAUAUUAUUAAGAACCGAAUAAAGGCUUUGGGAACAAAAAUAGCUGAGUUGAUAACCUGCCCAAUCUAUGCAAACUUACCAACUGAACUACAAGCCAAGAUAUUUGAGCCUGCUCCUGAAGGGGCACGUAAGGUCGUCCUGGCUACAAAUAUAGCUGAGACAUCGUUGACAAUUGAUGGGAUCAAGCAUGUUAUUGAUACAGGUUUUUGUAAGAUCAAGUGUUACAACCCUCGGACAGGAACUGAGUCAUUGCUGGUUACUCCUAUCUCGAAGGGGUCUGCCAACCAAAGGGCUGGUCGAUCUGGACGAACAGGUCCUGGGAAGUGCUUCCGGCUAUACACUGAACAUAGCUACACGAAUGAUUUGGAAGACAACACAAUUCCAGAAAUACAAAGGACUAACCUUGCAAAUGUCGUGCUCUUACUCAAGAGCCUUGGGAUUAUCAACUUGCUGAAUUUUGACUUCAUGGAUCCUCCACCUGCUGAAGCUCUACUUAAAGCCCUAGAAUUGUUAUUUGCACUUGGCGCCCUCGAUAAGGAUGGUAAGUUAACCAAAGUGGGUGAAAGAAUGUCCGAGUUUCCUCUGGAUCCAAUGUUGUCCAAGAUGAUAGUCGCCUCUGACAAGUACAAGUGCUCAGCUGAGAUAAUAGGCAUUGCUGCAAUGCUUUCUGUGGGGAAUUCAAUUUUCUAUCGUCCAAAGGACGACAGACAAGUUCAAGCUGACAAUGCAUGGAUGAACUUUCACAUUGGCAAUGUGGGAGAUCAUAUUGCUUUGCUUAAGGUUUACAAUUCCUGGAAGGAAACAAAAUUUUCCACCCAGUGGUGCUACGAGAAUUACAUCCAGGUCAGAAGCAUGAAAAAAGCUAGAGAUAUCCGCGAACAGUUACAAGGUCGGCUUGAAAGGGUUGGAAUUGAUUCGACUUCAAAUGUUAAUGACUUGGAAGCUAUUAAGAAGUCAAUAAUAUCAGGAUUUUUUCCGCACUCAGCUAGACUACUGAAGAAUGGAUCUUAUCGAACUGUUAAACAUCCCCAGACAUGUCACAUUCAUCCCAGCUCAGGCUUAUCACAGGUACCUCCUAGAUGGGUUGUUUAUCAUGAAUUGGUCCUGACAACUAAGGAAUACAUGCGGCAGGUUACUGAAUUGAAACCGGAAUGGCUUGUAGAUGUAGCUCCCCAUUAUUAUCAGUUGAAAGACGUUGAAGACUCUAGCUCAAAGAAAAUGCCUUGUAGAAUUGGCCUUGCAUCUUCUAAAUAGGUCACAUUUCGAGUGCAUCUCUUGUUAAUUCUGUUAUGCAGUUCAUGUUAAGUGAAUUAUUAUUGUAUAUUCAAUUACUAUGUGUUUAAAGUUUUCAGUUUUCUAAUGCCUAACAUUUUUCUUCUUUCGUUUCUGUAUGUCAUUUGAAUGUGUAUAACAUCAGAAGCACAAAUUAAUCUAAAAGGAAGGAAAGAUGGUAAAAGAGUAAGAGCAUGGAUAGAAAAAUUAUACAGUAGAAAGUAGUUUAUUAAUCUGUACGUAGAUUGUAAUAAUUAUUGCUUGCAGAUGAUGAAUAAAAGCUUUUGUUUUACCCAAAAAAA